UAGGCUAGGCUGUCUCAUCUCUUUAUGUCUGAGUGUGUGGAAUUUAACUAAUUGAAAAGCUCUCCUCGAAUCUUGGUCUUCGUGGAACCUUGUGCAGGAGUGACCCUCACGAUCUCUCCCACCUCUCUCUGUCUCUCUCUCUCGCACACGUAUUUUUUUCACUGAGAAAGUUCGGAAUUUCGGAUCACCACAUGACCAUUUCCUUCUCUGCCUCAACUUUCCCGAAUAGUUUCUCUCUCCCUUCACCUUCUUUUUCUUGGCUUCUUUUCUUGCUACAAGGGUUAUCCUGUUGUGGGUUUUAUUUUUUAUUUUUUAUUUUUUGCAACUGACCUUUCUGGGAUUCUCUGACCCAACCAACCUUCUAAACAGUUAUCAUUAUUAUCCAUUUUCUAUUGGGGUUCCCUAUUUUUUUUUUUUUUUGGUUUUCAUUAGAGAUUUUUCCUAGUGGGAUUUUGUUUGGCUUUCACUUUGUGUUUUCUAGCUUUGUAAGCAUUUUCGUUAUGUUUUGAGUUGCUCUUUCAUUUGGCGACUCUCGUCCCUGUGCCAUUUUGUUCUUUUUGUCACUGUUUAUGGGUUGUUAAUGUCUUUAGCCGCCGAAGCGGUUUCAAGUUCCAAAAGCAUGGGUUAUGACGAGAAAAGCAACGAGGGUGAGGAAAACAGUGAAGCUUCAAAAACAAAGAUAACUGGAAAAGCGGCUACAGAUGAAGGAAAUACUGUCGAAUCCGCAGAGCUGGUACGGAAAAUGAGUGAGAGUUCUAUUUAUGCAACUGAGGAUGAGGAAGAUGAGGAAGGAAAGAAGAUAGAGUUGGGUCCUCAAUACACUCUGAAGGAACAAAUCGAAAAGGAUAAGGAUGACGAGAGCUUGAGGAGAUGGAAGGAACAACUUCUUGGGAGUGUAGACUUCAAUUCUGUUGGAGAGACUCUAGAGCCAGAUGUUAAGAUCCUGAGCCUUGCUAUUAAGUCGACUGGUAGACCUGAUAUCAUUCUUCCGAUUCCCGAGAGUGGGAAACCCAAGGGUUUGUGGUUUACUUUGAAAGAAGGAAGCCAGUACAGCCUGCAGUUCACCUUCCAGGUCAGCAAUAACAUCGUUUCGGGUCUCAGAUACACUAACACUGUGUGGAAAGCUGGUCUGAAGGUGGACAGCGCAAAAGAAAUGAUUGGAACCUUCAGUCCUCAGGCAGAGCCUUACACACAUGAGAUGCAUGAAGAGACUACACCAUCAGGAAUGUUUGCCAGAGGGUCGUACUCUGCUAGAAGUAAGUUUGUUGACGAUGAUGACAAGUGCUACUUGGAGAUCAAUUACACAUUCGAUAUCCGCAAGGAAUGGCAGGGAGCUUAAACUGAGAACUCUUGUCUCAGUGUUAUUGCUUGUUACCUGUUAAUUUGGUAGGCAAUUUGUUAAUAAAGUUGAGCUUUUGAGGGCAAUGUCUCUUGUCUCUAUCUCCUUCUCUCCCCCUCCUGGUCUUUUAAAUUGUCAUUAGUUCGGGUUAUGUUAAGCUUUUAUUCAUGUACUUGUUAACAAUUCCUCAUUAGGGGGCUUUUGGAUUUCAAAUUGCAGAAAAGGCUAUCUCAUAGUUGUA